CGCCGGGCUGGGAGGGGCUGUUCUGAGGGCUCGGAAAGGGCGCUGCCGAGAACUCGCGUAGAGGGGCUCGGAGGCCGGGGCCGCGGACCAGGGGUGGAACCCUAGAGAGCGCUGGGACACUAAAAGAACUGGGGCCUCAGCCACCCCUCCGGAUGCUGGUGCCGCCAGCCCCCUGCCCCCAGUCCCUGGCGCUUCCCUCUGCUGAGGUGAUGGAGGCCCCUCCCCCUCGGACAGGCCGGUCCCCAGAACCCGGACCUUCCUCUUCCACAGGCUCUCCCCAGACUUCAUCCCCUUCGAGGCCCAACCACUACCUGCUCAUUGAUACCCAGGGCGUCCCGUACACCGUGCUGGUGGACGACGAUUCUCAGAGGGAGUCCGGGCCCGAUGGGGCUUCAGCUCAGAAAAAGUGCUACAGCUGUCCCGUCUGCUCCCGGGUCUUCGAGUACAUGUCAUACCUUCAGCGACACAGCAUCACUCACUCGGAGGUGAAGCCCUUUGAAUGCGACACUUGCGGGAAGUCAUUCAAGCGGGCCAGCCACCUGGCGCGGCACCACUCCAUUCACCGGGCGGGUGGCGGGCGGCCCCAUGGCUGUCCGCUCUGCCCUCGCCGCUUCCGAGAGGCAGGUGAGCUGGCCCAGCACAGCCGGGUCCACUCCGGGGAGCGCCCGUUUCAGUGCCCGCACUGCCCACGUCGAUUUAUGGAGCAGAACACGCUGCAGAAGCACACUCGGUGGAAGCAUCCGUGAACCAGGCUGCAGGGUACCCCAGGUACCAUGGGCUUCUGGGGGGAGUAUGGACUGCUGUCGCACUCAGACACCCUGCGAGCACCAGAGGCUGGGCUGCGGGGCCCUGGAGACAGACACAGACCCAUCGAGCCGAGGCCUAGACCGACCCGAAGGAGGAGUCCACCAGUAAUCUUCGGGUCCUCUGUGUUCUGGAGAUAAGAUGGGAAAGAGACCUCACAUUAACAGAGUGGCGUCCCCUAGCCUCAGAGACAUCAGCUAUUCCCUGGCUGAGCCCUGACUGGAGGGGUGGAGGUCAAAGUGCUAUGUGUUGAAAUUCUCUGGCUUGCAAGCCAUGGUUGGGGGGCCAUGAGGAAUCUGCACCUUCUUCCAGAGGUUUCCCUGUGAUGUUGAGGGAAGGGGCGGGGUCCCAGACCUGCCCUCUACUCCCCAGUCAGGGCCUGAGACUGGACAUCCAAUAAAUACAUUUUCCACUUUGA